AUGUCGCAGGCUGCUGAUGCCAGUCCCAGCAACCUGGUCGAGGUCACCUCGCCAGAGCACUUCACCGAGAUCAUGCAGAAGGAUCUGACCAGGGUCUCGCUGCUCAACUUCUAUGCGCCAUGGGCCGAGCCAUGCAAGCAGAUGAACGAAGUUGUCCGCGAGAUCGCCAUCAAGUACCCGCAGGUGCUCUGCCUCGUCAUCGAGGCCGAGACGCUUCCCGACGUGUCCGAGUCGUUUGACAUCGAGGCAGUCCCCUCCUUCGUCCUGCUUCGAGGACACACGCUUCUCUCGCGCAUCAGCGGCGCCAACGCUUCCGCACUCUCCGCCGCCGUCGCCACGCAUGUCGCUCCCGCCCGCGCCAACGGCACCGGCAGCGUCUCCAAGACUUCUGCUGCGCCCCGAGCAGCUGCCGACACAUACGAUGCCGCCAGCUCCACGCGCAACGGCUCGACGCUCAACGACGAAGAGGAGGAGGACGUGGUGCCAGAGACCGAGGAGGAAAUCUUUGUGCGAUGCAAGAAGCUCAUGGAGCAGAACAAGGUCAUGCUCUUCAUGAAGGGCGACCCGGACACGCCUCGCUGCGGCUUCAGCCAAAAGACGGUCAACCUCUUGAGACAGGAAAACGUCGACUUUGGCCACUACGACAUUCUCAAGGACGAAAACGUCCGACAGGGCCUCAAGAAGCUCAACGAGUGGCCCACAUUCCCGCAGAUCAUCGUCAACGGCGAGCUCAUCGGCGGCCUCGACAUCCUCAAGGAGAGCAUCGAGAGCGGCGAGUUCCGCGAGAUGCUCGAGGCUUGA